CCCGGAAAUUAGCGAAUGUCAACUCGUUUUGUUGUUACUUUUCACCUCUGAAAUAGUUUUAAAAAUACAUUUUUUGCAGACGUCUUCCUCCAAAACGAUGCAAGCUUUGAAAGGUGUCAGAUAUUUAACAUCCACUACUCUAAAACAAGCAGUUUCAGAGCUCUCCAUACCAGUGCCUUGGGGUCAGAUCAGAGGUGUAGUCUGGGGUCCUGAUCAUGGACAACCUGUGCUGUGUCUGCAUGGCUGGGCUGACAACUGCGGCACAUUCAACACUCUUGUUCCACUUCUCCCAAAAGAGUUAAGAUAUGUGGCAGUGGACCUACCAGGUCAUGGCCUGUCAACUCAUCGGCCUCUCGGAGUGUUCUACUCUUUUCCAUCGUACGUGGCAGAUAUACUCAGGGUUGUUGAUGCUCUCCAGUGGACAAAAUUCUCCAUCAUUGGUCACAGUAUGGGGGGUAACAUUGCUGGAAUGUUCAGUGCGCUGUAUCCAGAGAUGGUGGAUGCUGUCGUACUCUUAGACUCCUUUGGAUUCUUCCCUACAGUUCAGAAAAAACUUCCCUGCCUGAUGAGGCAGGGGAUGGAUGAGAUGCUGCAGUUUGAAAAAUUGAAAGAGAAGAAGGAGAAAGUUUACACUUAUGAGAAGGCAGUUGAGAGGCUGAUGGCUGCCAACCCUUCUCUUUCUGAACAGUCUUCUCACAUCCUUCUAGAGCGCGGUUUAGUCCACGUUGAUGGAGGAGUUUGUUUCUCCAGAGAUUUUCGCAUUAAUUUGACGAACAUUGCGCGCAUCACCUUGCAAGAGAGUCUGGAGCUGCAGUCAAGGAUUCAAGCCUCUGUUUUGGUUGUUCUAGCUGACGACGGGUUUGGAAAACAAGUUCCUGCAUCAGAGAAGAGUAAAGUUAUAGCAGAGAUUCUCCAGGCGUACAGGGAGAAAGAUCAUUCGGUGGUGACAGUGCCAGGAAAUCAUCACGUCCAUAUCAAUAACCCUGAAGUUGUUGCUCCAGUUGUGACAGAUUUUCUGCAGAUCAAAGUGCUCGCACGGGCAACUAGUUCAAUUCAUGGUCACAUACCCAAGUUGUAGACUGCAGAC